AGCUUCUUUGCCUCUUCGCCUCGGUUGUUGGUUUGUUCCACUCCGCCCCACUUUCAUUGGGUUGCUAGGCGACAGUAGUCAGGUGACUGUCUGCAGACAGAACAUGGCUGACCUGUCAGAAGACCAAAUUUAGCAUAAUCGAUCUUAUUUUUACGGCGUUUCUGACCACCGUUUGCCGUCGUGGAAAGCAAUUGACCACAGGAAUUUAAGAUGAGCAGGUUGCCGGAGGGAAUAGUGAACGGCCCAAGCAGGAGUGAACACUUAGAGAAUGGUGCUCAGAGUUGGGAGAGACCUUGGACUCUUGAAGAGAUGCGGCAGAGCAGCGCCAACUGGUCCUUGGCCGCCGACUCGGGGCUCUUCCUGUUCCUCCAAGACUUUUCCCAGAGAAUGCUGUCGAAGACGCAUGAUAUUGAGAAGCAGUUGGACAGUCUGAUCCGUGACACCAAGAACACAGACAGCUGCUUGCACUCUGUGUUUAACGACUUUCUCAUGCUUUCCAAUACACAGUUUAUAGAAAAUAGAGUGUAUGAUGAAGAGGUAGAAGAGACGAUACCCAAGGUGGAAGCUUUGGAGAAGCAGCCUGAGCAGGAGAAGACACGGGAGCAGAAAGAGGCCGAGCUGAUCCCUAAGAUGCAGGAAGCUGUAAACCAUGGUCUAAAAGUGCUUGAGUCAGCGUUUGAGCAUCUGGACAUCAAAGCAGGAAACUCGGAUUCAGAGGAUGAAGAGGUCACUGACAGACUGGAGGCCAUCCUUGAACCCAAGGAUCUUUAUGUGGACAGGCCGCUUCCAUAUCUUAUUGGUUCCCAUGCCUUCAUGAAUCAAGAGGACGUUGGCCUUGGUGACCUCUCAAGUGAUGAAAUGUCAGUUGACAGUGACAGAGACAGUGUAAUCGAGAGCGAAGAUGGCGAAGACGCAGUUCAUUCAGAUGACGAUUUUAACCAGGAGGAAGAAGAACGUCACAAUAAUAUUAGGAAGAAGCCAUCCAUGGUUAGUUAUGAUGAUGAUGACGACGAUGAGGACGAGGAGGAGGAUUCUGAUAUAUUCGGAGAAUCAGACGGGGAAGAUAAUGAUGACGACACAAAGAAUACGGCACCAUCGUCUUUUGCUGAUGAGCUAGCAGCCCGAAUCAAGGGUGAACCAGUGACCAAACCAGAGGGAGAUCGAGCAUCAUUGACAUCUAAGAAGAAAAGUAAAAGCAGGAAAGAACCAAAGCCUGCGAAGCCCGAGGCAGCUGAAGAGGACAGCGAUGACAUGUUUAAGCCACCAAAGAUGGAGGAUGAAGAUUUCUCCCCAUUUGGAGGGAAAGGCGGCCUCUUCAGUGGAGGGAGAGGCCUGUUUGACGAUGAUGAUGAGGGUGAUCUAUUCUCAGAUGCACCAAACCCUCCUGCGUCGGAAGAGAAAAAAGUGCAGAAUGAAAGAUUAAAAAGCACAGCCAAAACUGCAGCGGACACUCUUUUCAAGCCAGUGAAUAACUCCGAUGCAGUGGAGAGUAAGGAAAAUGGGAUCCAAGCUCCUAAGAUCAACGCUGCCUCCAAACAGACUCCACCAGCUGCUGUUGGUGGAGUAGGGGGUGGGCUGUUUGAUGAUGAUGAGGAGGAGGAGGAGGAGGAUGACUUCUUCAGCAGUAAAAGCCUCUCAAAGUCUGACUCUGCUGGAAAGAAGACGCCCAAAGCUGUUGACCUUUUUGAUGAAGAUGACGAUGGUGGUGACAUAUUCAGUGAGAAGUCCAGUGCGCCGACCCCAACUCAAAGCAAGAAGGAGGUAGUGGAAGGGCAGGUUAAACAACCUGAGAGAAAGAUGCCAGCAGGGGCCAUCUCUAUAUUUGGACCCGGGACUCAAAGCUUGCUCAACGAGGGACUGAAAAAACGUCAGCAGUCUACCAGUGAGGAGUCUGAGAAAUCUGAGGAGAACGGGCCGGCUCCAGAUGCUCCAAAGUCUGCUGUCAAGCCAACUAUAAAACCCAAGAGCAGAGGCCUCUUCUCUGAUGAGGAAGACAUCCAGGAAUCUCCAACUAUCCCCAGGAGCCAGUCUAAGCCUGAACUUACAAGCCAGAGCAAAACCAGCAAGGCCCCUCUGUCAUUAUUUGAUGAUGAAGAAGAAGAGGAUCUCUUUGCAUCGGCAGCUAAGUCUAAAUCAAAACCUAAUUCAGCCAAAGCCUCCACGCCGCAGCCCAGCAAGGCCUUGUCCAGCUCCCUCUUCAGUGACGAUGAGGACCAGUGGGAGAGUUCUAAAAGUAGUGCGGGGAAGUCAGAGGUGAAGACAGGAGGGAUGAAGCCCAGUGUCAGCGCCCCCUCCAGUUUCCUCAGUGCCAUAAUACCUCAGAAAGGCAGCGUCUUCGAUGGUGACGAUGACGACCUGUUUACUCCAACAACAGAUUCAAGUCAGAAAAAGUUUCAGAGAGUGGCUCUCUUGUUCGAAGAUGAGAAUGAUGGUGAGGGUAAAGGAUCCCUUUUUGGCGACAAACCUCCUGUCAAUAGAAACACUGCCGCCCCAGCUGCCAAAACACCUGCUGUGGCCUCUCAGUCGUCCUCCCUGUUGGAGAAAUCUGAGAAGGUUGUAGUUUCCAAACCGGCAGCAAAGGACAAACCUUCACUGCCGGAGAAGCCGAGAGCAAAGAGCCCCGAGCCGCUCCCAUCGGCCCCCUCGCCAGAUAUUAGCGAAAGUAAAAAGAAGCCUGUGGGAGGAGUCAGUCUUUUUGGAGGCAUCGACGUUUUUGCUAACAAGCAGACAAAGAGCCCGUUGGACGAAGUUGACCAGGAAGACCCUCUCCUCUCAGAGGACGGUCCACCACCAAAUGUCCAGGAGGAGGAGGAGAGGAAGGAAGAGAAAGUGAAAAUAAACACUGUUAGUCUAUUUGAUGAUGAGGAGGAAGACGAAUCAGAUUGGAAUGAACCGAUAUUCACACCCAGCAAACCCACAGAAAGCAACACCGUAAAGCCUACAGAGGAGCGACCGCAGGCAAAGAGCACAGGAGUGUUCCUGGAUGAGGAGCUGCUGUUCAGUCAGACGCAGCAGAAGGACAAUGACCCAGAUGUUGACCUGUUUGCCACCUCAGGGAAACCAGCUAGCUCCAAGCCCGACUCAGUGAAGCCUGCAGCAAAAGGCCUGUUCUCAGAUGAGGAUGAGGAUGACCUCUUCAGCUCUAUCAAGGCAAAGGAUCCUCCUCCGAAAAUAGCAGAGAAGCCCAGUAAGCCUAAUGACAGAGCACCACUAGCCAGUCCAGAAUCUGUAUCAGAGAUUCAGAAACCUGCACCAAACCCUGUAAAACCUAAAGAUUCCUCAUCAAGGAUUGGGAAACUUCAAGCCAAUCUGAUGAUCAACCCUGCUGCGCUGCUCCCUGGUGCGGCCCCCAGUAUGCUAGGGGCCUCAAGUGGCAUGGCUACCAGUUCCUCCUCUGGGGUGUCCAGCUCCAGCCUGAGCCCCAGCCCCGUCACAUCUCCUGUCGGAGCCCAGACAGACCGUGAGGGAGGGGUGAGCUUUGAGAUCCCAGUCCAGGUUGCAACCCUUCAGAGUGUACACAAGAGCCGUGUGAAAGGUUCAGCACAACGGAGACCCCAGUCCAGAGCAGGGAGGCAGCAACCAGCCCAGCAAUCUUCAGGGGAUAAAGAAGAGGCUUUGGGUGGAGAUGUUCCUGGGCAGAACCCCGGUGUGUCUGGUUUAGCCUUACCCCCACCAGAUAAGUCCAGCCAGAAGCGUGCCAGUCCAACACUACCCGACCCAGCUUCCCCCUCAGCCUUGCCUGCCUCCUCACCUUCUCCUUCCUCAGUCUCUGAAGUCUCCACCAGACCCUCAGUAUUGACACUGCCAGUAUCAACAAACGCUGGAAUAAAGGACUCCAGUAAAGACAGCAGCAGUACCAAGGUGCUUCCAUUUUCUGAUGACGAGGACCUUUUUGGCUCUGCAGCCUCCUCAGUCACUACCACACCCCCCACCAGACAAACCAAGACCACACAGCCUGAAGCUAGUAGUAGUGCGGUGAAGAAAGACUCUCUUCCAUCUCUUUUUGAUGCCAACACUGAUGAACUUUUCCAAAAGGUCAAGCCGAGGUCAACUACUAAGAAAGCCACGGCCUCAUCCUUUUUGGAAGAUGAGGACGAGGACAUCUUUGGAGUGAGCAACCGCUCCACUCCCACAUCCACAAGUAGUAAAGAAAUAAAGAACGGCAGUUUUUCAAAGCAGGACAUCUUCCAGGAUGAAGUCGCCAUUGUGCCUGAAGUUCACAAGAAGCACAAAGAGAAGACCCUUGAUGCCAGCUUGUUUGACGACAACAUAGACAUUUUUGCUGACAUGACGGACAGUUUCAAACCAAAACAGAAGUCCAAGACAAAGGGAGAGACCAAGUCAAUAUUUGAUGAUGACAUGGAUGACAUCUUCUCACCGAGCACAGCAAAAGCAGUCACAAAGCCUCCCCAUAAAUCAAAGAAAACACCACCGUCUCAGGAGACCUCCACAGCAGCGGAGUCAAGCAACAUAUUUGAUGAUCCACUUAAUGCUCUUGGCGGGAACUGAACUGUUGUUUCUGAGUAGCCAGAUUUGUACAUUUGUGUACAUCCAUAAUUUUGUCAUUUGGACCACUGAAAGAUUGGAGAUCGGAUACACUGUUGAUAGAGUAUUUAUCCAUAUGAAUCCAUAUAAAUACUGGGGCUUAUUUUUGGCAGAUAAAAAACUAAAAUGAAAAUUAUUCCAGUCAACUUCUGAUAGUAAAAAUCAUCUCCGUAUCAGAUCAUAUUAUGUAACAGUUAUUAUAUACUGUUAAUCUUUAUUAUACAUUAUAGCACUUUAUAAGCAUACCAUAUGCUCAGCCUCAAAGCCUGCAGAAAUUAAUAGUCAAUUGAUUUGUUUGUUUUGAAGAUGUUUAUCCUUUGGCUUUUCCACAUUGAGAUUCCAUGUCUUUGGGUUUGUGCCAUAUCAUGGUUAUAAGAAAUCAGUCUGUUUACUUACUGUCUUAGGCAUUUUGACAAUGUUUUUAUUAAUGGAAAAUUCAUUAAUUUCUUAACUUUGGCUUUGAUGAAAAAGGAAAUUCAUUUUAAUAACUAAAAAGAAACAUAUUUUAUGCUAUCUGAAAAGAG